AUGGACGCCGCCGACCGGUUGGACCGGGCCCAGAACGCGAGCGAGGUCGCGCAGCAGCUCUGCGCCCUGGGUUCCUUCGAGCUCGCCUCCUUCCUCGAGGCCGCGGGCGUCACCUCCGGCGCCGAGCUGCUGUCGCGCCUGCGCGUGCCGAAGCGCGACGGCGUCGAGUCGCGGCGGAGCCGCCUCGAGGCGGCGCUGUCGAAGAUCGACGGCAAGCUCGGCGCCCUGGCGGCGCAGAAGGACGAGCUCGAGGCCUUCGGCGGCGACGAGGCGCGCUACGAGGCCGUGCUCCUGGACGAGAAGGUCAAGGAGCUCCGCGCGCACGCGGGCCGGCUCCGGGACCUCCAGAAGGUGCUGCUGCUGCCCGGCGGCGGCGCGAGCCCCCACUUCAAGGCGACGAAGACGAGCGCCAUCGACUUCUCGGCCGCGCGCGCGGUCACCGUCGCGCUGCCGUCGGCGGCGAAGCCCGCGCCGCUCCGGGGCUCCGCGUCGGCGUCGGCCGUGUCCUGGCGCGCGCCGGGUGCCGAGGAGGAGGCCGCGCCGCGGCCGAAGACGCUCCAGGCCGUCUACGACAUGUUCUGCGGCUACUGGCGGCAGACGACGAUGACGAACCUCGCGUUCGUCAAGUUCUGCCGCGACACGAAGCUCAACGACGCCAAGUUCGUCAAGGCCGGCAUCGACCUCAUCUGGACGCGCUGCGCGAAGAAGGAGAAGAAGGUCAAGUUCGAGGUCUUCCAGCUCAUGCUCGACGAGAUCGCGGCGACGAAGGGCACGUCGCGCGAGGUCCUCGACGACUACAUCCUCCGCAACGCCAAGGUCGUCGUCCAGGGCACGCGCGGCUCGUCGAAAUUCUACGACGACAAGUCGAACUGGACCGGCGUCGCCAAGAAGGGCGGGCCGUCGACGAACGACCCCAAGCUGAGCCUCGCGACCAUGACGAACACGGGCCGAUGA